CUCGAAACGAUCUCGAGCUGUGAAGCGUCACUCCGUUUCCGGAUCGUCCGGUCGGCAUUGCCAGUGUCACUCCAGCAACACUCUGUGACAAGUGAAAGAGCUGCCAGUUUAUCCUCUUGGGGUGGUGAGAGGAACUCUGAAACAACGGGCUGCCCCACCUUCAGUACGAGCAGGAGCUGAAUUUCCACCGAUGGCCUGCAGGUUAAUGGUGCUGGGGGGUGGAAUCUGGGCACCCCUGAGUUACAUUGAAAACAUUUCUGGGAUAUAAUACAGUGUCCCAUUCUGACCAGAGAAGUGAUCCAGGAACAACAAUUAGAUGACACAUAUUGAGGCCAUCUCACAAGAUUUUGUGCUACCUGAAUCUCAUGUUAACCUUAGACUUUAAUUCUGACCAUAAAGAAACCUCAUCUUGCUUGAUAAGAUCUUGUUCCCUGGCUGGACUUGGUCUUGUAUACGAGUUUGAAUUACUUGAGGAAAACAAAACGAUACAUAAAAUAUUCAUGCUUGCCUUUGUGGACCUGUCCAGAAAUCAUUUGAUGCUUCCUCUCUUCCAGGAGUUGCUUGCCUUUUUCCUGCUUGCUGACAUUUGAGCUUGGAUCGCAGUGAUGAAUGCUAUUGCUCACUGGCAACACCAGUUAGCAAGAACUUCCUGUCUAAAUCAACUUGGAAAAUUCCCAGGCUCUUUAACUUCCAGCUGACGUCUCCACAACCUCAAGUGUCUUUUCAAAGGAAAUUCAUUUGCCUUUUGGAGUCCUACUAUUCCCAUCAAAUCCUCACCUUGGGACAAAGGGCGCCCAGAGGCUUGCUGAAACGCGACUAUGCCUCUUGCUGUAUCGGUCAACAUCGACCCAAAGACUGUUCCGACUGUUCAAGUGCCUUUUCCUAAUCAAGUACGCACCAAACGUCCAGCACCCUCAUCUGCUCAGGACCAAGUGUGCUUAACCAAGACCCAAUCCUCAGCCAUGCCAAGACAGCUGCCGAAGUUUAAUGGCAAUCCAAAUGAAAUCAAGUCAACAGGGGCGAAGCUACUUUCCAGCAGUGCCAUGGACACAGGCGACCAUUCCGCCCUUAAAAGGGAUAUCCUAAACAGCCCGAGUGAUAACACCUUCCAACCAGUCCAAGGGCCUCCCUCUAUGCAAAGGAAUAAGUCUGAGCUUGAAACUGCAAAACCUUCUCUGAUACCUUCAGUGCCUCCCAUAUGCCUUUCUCCUUUUGAACUCCAAGGGCCAAAUAUGAGAAAGGAUGCCUCCAGCCUUGACAAAGUGGAAAUGAGCAAGAGCCUUCUGGUGCCUAAUUUCAACCAGCAGAACUCAGCUAACAAGUUCUGUCAGACACAAAACAGUCAUGUUAAAUCAGAUGCAGUGAACAAUCCUCUUCAAGUCAUAGGUGUUUGUCCACCUCUAAUUAGUGGUAACCUUCAAACAUCGACAGCCUUGGAUGAAUACAAAUUCCCACAAAGUGCACUGGACGAAAAUGAAACUGUAUGCAUGAAGCUCAAUGGUCACAUGCAAAAUUGCCUCAAUGUCAGUGCCAUACAAAAGGAUAAGCAUGGGCUGCCGGGCACCUUCCCAGGUACUAUGAUGGGCUCUGUGACCACCAAAAUUUCUGCCAUUCACCUGACCAACCAGGCACAAGCCACCUCUGUCCCUGCUAUGUGCUUGUCAUCGACGUCUUGUCAGUGUGAGGCCAGCGAUGAGCGUUCAGAGUACAUCAUGCAGGUGGACGGCAGCAUUGAGGAGGAACUGCCUUAUGAAUUGGAGAAUACCUGCAGCGAUGAUGAUUGGUCAGAGUCAUCCUCUGUCAAUGGUAUUUCAUCCACCCAGUCUCUUGUGCACCUGUGUAGUGUUAAAGAACCCAUGUUGUUGGAGGAGGAGGAUAAUCAGGAGAAGAAACCGGCACUCAUUCCCAGCCUGUUCCCGCUUAUCCCUCCUACACUCUAUUUCAGUACUGCCAAUGAACAAGUUGAAAUGCUCCCUGAUGAGACAAUGCAACUUUUAAAAUGGAAGAUUAGCAGUGUGACACCCAAUGUUGUGAAAAACGCCAUCGCCAGGUCCCACUUCGUGCACACCAAGAAAAGCAACGACUGGUUGGGCUGCUGGGGCCACCACAUGAAGUCUCCUUGUUUCAGAACUCUUCAAGAGCACCAGAAGUUGAACCACUUCCCGGGAACGUUCCAGAUUGGCAGGAAGGACCGUCUGUGGAAGAAUCUGUCCAAGAUGGCAUGUCGCUUCGGCAAGCAGGAGUUCAAUUUUUUCCCACGCACAUUUGUCCUUCCUCAGGAUAUCCUGCAGUUACGCAAGGCUUGGAAGGAUGGAUCCAGACAGAAAUGGAUCAUCAAACCUCCCGCUUCAGCCAGAGGAGCAGGAAUCCAGGUCAUUCACAAAUGGAGCCAGAUGCCGCGCAAGAAAUCAUUUCUAGUCCAGAAGUAUCUCCACAAGCCCUAUCUCAUCAGUGGCAGCAAGUUUGACCUGCGUAUCUACGUCUAUGUGACAUGCUACGACCCUCUCAGAAUAUAUAUCUUCUCAGAUGGACUGGUCCGCUUCGCUAGCUGCAAGUAUUCGUCUUCCAUGAAAACGCUAAGUAACAAGUUCAUGCAUCUGACUAACUAUAGUGUCAACAAGAAAAAUUUGGAGUACCAAGCCAACAGCGAUGACAAAGCCUGCCAGGGACACAAAUGGGCUUUGAAGGCCUUGUGGGAGUAUCUUGGCUCCAGGGGAGUAAACAUCACCUUGAUUUGGGAGAAGAUAAAAGAUAUUGUUAUUAAAACAAUAAUUGCGUCAGAACCAUAUGUGAACUCUCUCCUCAAGAUGCAUGUGCGCACACCUUACAGUUGCCAUGAGUUGUUUGGCUUCGAUAUCAUGCUAGAUGAAAACCUGAAACCUUGGAUCCUGGAGGUCAACAUUUCACCCAGCCUCCAUUCCAACACAGCGCUGGACGUUUCCAUCAAGGGCCAAAUGGUCCGAGACCUCUUGAACCUGGCUGGCUUUCGUAUACCUCAAAGAGAGUAUGUAGUAACCUCAAGUGGAAGCACCUCCAGCUCCAGUUGCAGUCUGUGCAUUGUAAGCAAGGAAUCACCCAGUGUGGAGGUCUCAGUUGAUGAGAAGUUCAAACGCGCCUUUUACCUCAAGCAACGCUUUGCUGACCAGGGAAUCUUGGGAACAGUGUUGGAUGUUUUGACUCCCAACGAUGUCCGCGUGCUCGCCGAAAGCGAAGAUGAGUUCAGCCGCCGCGGGGAGUUUGAGCGCAUUUUCCCGUCACAGUUGUCAUCCGGAUACCUGCGAUUCUUUGAAUGUCCACGGUACCUCAGCAUUUUGUUGGACCAGUGGGAGCGCAAGUACUGGAACAACAGGACAAAAGGUGCCAAUCUGCUCAGGUCUUUGUGUCAGAAGGGAGUCCAUCUUGGUUCCACUGAUCCCGCUCAUAUGUGGUCCAAGUCUAGCUACAUAUCCAAGUUUGAACAUCACAGAGAAGCACCUGUCAACCCUUCUAAAUCCAGGGUGAUGGUCAUCCACCAGCCUCAGUCUGACCACAUGGAAAUGGAGGAAGGCUCAGACGGGGAUGCCUUUGUUGCCAGUUCGCCCCUUUUGCAAAGUCCUGCAUCCAGCGCCAGCAGCAGUGCCUGUGCUAGUCCUCAGCCCAGCCUGUGAGGUCUUCCCACAUGCUCACUUCAUGCUCAGUCUUCUACUGCUAUCACUAACGUCCUGCGCUCAGAUCACUUUGAGCGAGAGCCAAACCUGCAAUUCAGACUAUUUUGUUGUAACAGUUUUUUUUUGUUUUUGUUUUUUUUUGGGGGGGGGGGCCAAAAAUUGAGUUUUGACAACCUAUUAUAAUUGUUAGUGUGCUAGUCACAUAUUUUCUUGGGGGGGGGGGGGGGAGUCAGAAUCAGUACGUGCUUAACAGGUCACAAACACAAACUAUCUUAAUCUUAAUCUUGCCUACCCUGCAAUUCUAAAAUAAAACAAAUACAUGUGUUGUAUUUUAUUAUUGAUACAGUUUUCUCAGUCUUCAUUGAGUGUUUAAAAGGCCCUUAAACAAAAUGCUUCAAUACAGUACAUCACUUGAACUGCGAUGCUUGUUGGUGGGAGAUUUAAUGGUUGUCAAACUAUUGAAUGAUAUGGAAUGCAGUAAUUAACGACCACUUUUAAUGCUUUAUACUAAGAAUUAAUGUUUACAUUUGAAGUGAUUCCCUGACAUUUUAUUAGAGUGCUGGCAUCAAAUCACCUAAUUUGUUCCUGUAAAACUUGCCAUUUGUAACUUUUAAUAGUAGUCAAGCCAUAAUCCGUAAUAAGGUUUAUAGGAGUUUGAAUGUUGAAUGGACACUGCAUUGUAUCCAAUUUAACUUGAGUGGAGGUCUAUGCAACAUGCAUAGAAUAGCGAUGCUCAAAAAAAACCUUCACAUUUUGUCAAUUUUUGACCACACAAAAAAUUUGAAUAUUUUUGUUGGGCAAUAGCUCAAACAGCAUAAUUAAUGGUAGCAUAAGGUUUCUGAAAAGUGUUUUUUUUUUUUUUUUUUUACAAGGCCUAGUACCUUUUUAGUGUCUGCAUGAAUGGGUCUUUACUGGAUUACCUAUUCUAUCUACCUCUCAGAUUAAAUUUGAGUUAUUCUGUUUUUUCAGAAGCAAAAUGUCCUUAUGAGCACAUCCAGAUUAUUUGGAACCUAAUUUGUCAGAAUUUCCAGUUUAUCAAACAAUUUUGUGUUAUGGCAAUGCUGCGAGGCAGAGUGGCUCCAAAAACUCUUAAUGGGAUUUUUUUAUGGUCCACUUUGGAAAAAGUUCAUGUUGUUGAUUGUGGAAAAAAUGUAUUUGCUCCGCACAUAACUGAAGUGCAAUACUGUAACUGAGGUUAUAUUUUUUAUGAAGGGGAGAAACAUAGCAUUUCUAAAGGUCUUGAAAAUGUUGCUCGGAAUAACACUUUCAAAAUAAAAGUUUUCACUAAG